AUGGAACAAAACUUAAAUGUUUCGGAUACUUUUGCAUCUAUCCAUCCCGCAAUUGUAAUAGACAAUGGUUCUUGUAUGAUGAAAGCUGGGUAUGCCGGAGAAGAUUUUCCUCGGGCAAUAACUCCAAAUAUUGUCGGAACUACUAGAAGUGAAGGAAGCGAUAUUCCUUUUCAGCAUGGUCCGUUUGAUACAACUGUACCGGCAAAUCAAGAGAUUCUUACUUAUGCUGGACGACUGGCUAAAAUAAACGAAAACGUUUUGGACAUAGUUUAUCCAAUGAAUAAUGGUUUGAUUACCGACUGGGAUGCUAUGGAAAAAUUAUGGUGUUAUAUAUUUUACGAGGAGUUGGUAACACCACCAGAGAAUUUCAACAUUUUACAUACAGAGUCACUUUUGAAUUCAAUGUCAUGUCGUGAAAAACUUGUGGAGAUUAUGUUCGAAAAAUUCAACGUACCCAAUACUACGUCUGUACCAAAAUCAGUACUUCCGCUAUACAGUCAUGGAAAGGUCACUGGUUUAGUAGUAGAUUCUGGAUACGAAUACACGCACGUAGUGCCUAUCGAAGGCGGGUAUCCUGUGGCACAUGGUGUUAGAAAUAUGCCCAUCGGUGGAUGGCACGUGACUCAAUAUAUGAAGCAAUUGAUCAACGAACGAGGAUACGAUUGGAAAACUUCGAAGGAUAUAGAUGUUGUUACAAUUAUCAAAGAAAAAUUUGGUUACUGUUCGUUAGAUGUCGAAAAAGAUCAAGCUAUGUUUACCGAGGACAUGGAACAAAAUUAUACGUUGCCUGAUGGAAUGAUUUUUAAAGUUAAAAGUGAAAAAUUUCGAGGACCUGAAAUAAUGUUUAAUCCAGCUUUAUUCAACAUCGAGUCUCAUUACGGAGGUAUUCACGACCUAAUAUAUAAAUCGUGUAGUGAUUGUCGUAUUGAAGAACAACCAAAUCUGUAUGGGAACAUCGUUCUGGCGGGUGGUAACACGUUAUUUCCUCAUCUGUCACAUCGUUUAAAAAAUAUGUUACCCAACGCUCCUGUUGAAGUCGUAAUUACUGCAAAUCCAGAACGCAAAUAUUCUACGUGGGUAGGUGGAUCUAUCUUAGCUUCGCUAUCUACUUUUGAUCAAGUAUGGAUCAGCAGCGAGGACUAUAAAGAAAACGGGCCAAGAAUAGUAUAUAGCAAGAAUUAUUAUAAUUUAUAA